CACGCGAAGGCGGCCACACACUGGGAGCCCGGACCCGACAUCGCGGUUCACGGCGCAUGCGCACCAGCAGUCGCUCCACUGUAUAGAGGGAGACAUGGCGGCGUCCCUGAUCCGCGGCCGUCUGACGGCCAGCCUGAGGACCUCCGCGGCCAGGAACACGAUCAGCUCCGCUUCCAAGGUCCUCGGCGGUUCCUCGGGCCUGUUCGGAGGCCACGCGUCCCAGCUGCAGCUGCAGCAGCAGCAGCAGCAGAGGAACCUCUCCCUCCACGAGUACAUGAGCAUCGGGCUGCUGAAGGAGGCCGGCAUCUCCGUGCCCGUUGGCCUGGUGGCCAGCUCCUCGGAGGAGGCCUACGCCGUGGCCAAGCAGAUCGGUUCAAAGGACCUGGUGGUGAAAGCUCAGGUGCUGGCCGGGGGCCGAGGGAAGGGAACGUUCGAGGGCGGACUGAAGGGCGGAGUGAAGAUCGUCUACUCUCCCGAGGAGGCCCGCGACAUUUCGUCCCAGAUGAUUGGUCGAAAGCUGUACACCAAGCAGACCGGGGAGGCGGGUCGCAUCUGCAACCAGGUGUUCAUCUGCGAGCGCAGGUAUCCGCGCAGGGAGUACUACUUCGCCAUCACCAUGGAGAGGUCGUUCCAGGGCCCCGUCCUGAUCGGCAGCUCGCAGGGGGGCGUGAACAUUGAGGACGUGGCGGCGGAAAAUCCUGACGCCAUCGUGAAGGAGCCCAUCGACAUUGUGGAGGGCAUUAAGAUGGAGCAGGCUGUCAAGGUGGCUCAGAAGAUGGGCUUCCCGCCGGCGCUGGUGAACGAGGCGGCGGAGAACAUGAUCAAACUCUACAACCUGUUCAUGAAGUACGACGCCUCCAUGCUCGAGAUCAACCCCAUGGUGGAGGACUCCUCCGGCAUCGUGAUGUGCAUGGACGCCAAGAUCAACUUUGACUCCAACGCCGCGUACCGCCAGAAGAAGGUGUUCGACAUGCAGGACUGGACCCAGGAGGACCCCCGGGACCGGCAGGCCGCCAGGGCCGACCUCAACUACAUCGGCCUGGACGGAACCAUCGGCUGCCUGGUGAACGGCGCAGGUCUGGCCAUGGCCACCAUGGACAUCAUCAAGCUCCACGGCGGCACGCCCGCCAACUUCCUGGAUGUCGGGGGAGGAGCCACGGCUCAUCAGGUGACAGAGGCCUUCAAACUCAUCACCUCUGAUAGGAAGGUUAUGGCGAUCCUGGUCAACAUCUUCGGCGGCAUCAUGAGGUGUGAUGUCAUCGCCCAGGGCAUCAUCAUGGCGGUGCUGGACCUGGACCUGAAGAUCCCCAUUGUGGUUCGGUUACAAGGGACGAGAGUGGACGAUGCUAAAGCUCUGAUCGCUGCCAGUCCACUGAAAAUCCUCGCCUGUGACGACCUGGACGAGGCUGCCAAAAUGGUUGUUAAGCUUUCUGAAAUCGUCUCGCUGGCUAAGGAAGCUCAAGUGGACAUCACCUUCCAGCUGCCCAUCUAAGAAAACCUGGACCUGUGAACCUCCCCUCCCCUACCUCCCCCCCGGACACACACACACACACACACCGACCGGUUUUCUUUCCACUUCCUGACACUGUGGCACGAUGGCACGACUCCGCUCAGACACGUUUCACUUUCCCGUCUCGUCUGACUUAUGUCGCACUCAAAGUCGAUACGCACAGAAAGAAAAGACGACCGGAGGUACGAGUGCGUGUUUUCAAUGUCUCGUCUCUACGUAAGAAUGUAACUAUAAAUAAAGAACCGGACUCGUUUGCCAUAAUCCGCAACUUUGUCCCAAGUAUUUUAACAAACAAACCGAGUCCGGGGAAAACGAACAAACGCUGCACGCGACGGUUUUAUAUAACGCAACGCGGUUUUACCUCCGAUGAGCUCGUCAGCUGUUCGCUGCGGGUCACAUGUACGUCGUGCCCGCCCCCUGAUCCGUUUGUGUGAGGUCAUACACCUGCUUUUUUCUUUUUCCUUUUUAGUGAAUGAAUUAUUCAGUGUCCCUGCUGUGGAAUCGUUAACUCCGUUAGCACGCUGUGAUUUUUUUCCCUGCACGUCUUUCGUCACGGCACGUGAGCGUCACGGCACUCGUGUUAAAGGGGGCGGGGACUGGAUGUGAGAGGUUCAGCCUGACGCUCAGGAGUCACCGUCGGGAGUUCCGACUCGCCGCUGCAGGUCUAUGUUUGAGGAAGUCGUUACUGUAGGAAAGUCUGGAUGUUAUUAACAGUUACAGCAGGAAAAGGAAACACUGGAGAUGACGCGUCUGUAUAUUUAUUUUCCUCGACUGUGUACAGUUGCUGCUUCUACAUGUUCAAUCUGCUAUCAUGCCACAGGCUCUUCCCCCUGUAUGUAACGUCGGAGUCGAGGCGGCGUCCUCGCAGCAGAACCGAAAAAUACUUGCAGUUGUGUCCUCUUCUUCCUCUUCCUCUUCCUCUUCCUCCAGCGCUCCAAACACAAGCCGACAUUUUGAGUUGUAUGUCAUUGACUAUAUCAUGUAAAUAACCAAACGGAUGUUCUCCCGCUGUAAAAUAUUUAUGCUCCUCAAGGAGUCUGACAAAGGACAAAAAAAAAUAAAUACAGAGAACAUC